CGUGCCCCGCACUCGCCGCUGCCCGCCUGCCGCCCCUCCUUCUUCUCCUCCCAGUGCCACAGAGCCGGAGCCCGAGCCGCCGCCGCAGCCACAGCCGCGGGCACUAUGGCUUCUGGAGUUACAGUGAAUGAUGAAGUCAUCAAAGUUUUUAAUGAUAUGAAAGUAAGGAAAUCUUCUACACAAGAGGAGAUCAAAAAAAGAAAGAAAGCAGUUCUUUUCUGUUUAAGCGAUGACAAAAGACAAAUAAUUGUAGAGGAAGCAAAGCAGAUCUUGGUGGGUGACAUUGGUGAUACUGUAGAGGACCCCUACACAUCUUUUGUGAAGUUGCUACCUCUGAAUGAUUGCCGAUAUGCUUUGUACGAUGCCACAUACGAAACAAAAGAGUCUAAGAAAGAAGACCUAGUAUUUAUAUUCUGGGCUCCUGAAAGUGCACCUUUAAAAAGCAAGAUGAUUUAUGCUAGUUCUAAAGAUGCCAUUAAAAAGAAGUUUACAGGUAUUAAACAUGAGUGGCAAGUAAAUGGCUUGGAUGACAUUAAGGACCGUUCGACACUUGGAGAGAAAUUGGGAGGCAAUGUAGUAGUUUCACUUGAAGGAAAACCAUUAUAAAAUGACAGUCAAGUGCCAUCUGGAUCUUAAGGAGCUUCCAUUACUCCAUUGGAAUAGUAUUAGGUUUUGUUGUUGUUGUUUUUUUCCCUUUCCACUGGGCCCUUCCAACACAGUGAAUGAAAGAUAUCAUUCAUUUCAGCAGCCUAUCAGUGAUUGCCAUUAGACUGUUGAAUACUGUUGUUUUUAUGUAGAACCCAAGGAAUGCCUUCCCAUCAUAUUUUAGCCAAAACAACUGGUUAUAUGCCUCCCUUGCAGCAAGCACUACAAUGAAUGCGAUUGUCAAUGUGAAUAGCUUAGAAUACUGCAAAGGGUAAUCUAAUUGAAUGCCUUGAAAGUAUUAUCCACUGGUCAGAUGGUCAACUUUUUUCAGUAUUAUUUAUAGUUGCACUUGAUUACAGUUCUGUGAGGCUCGAGCAUUUCUACACCUCACCUGCCUUGGCAAGCCUAUUUUUGUGACAUGGCAGCACGGAUAUAACACUAUGCAUUAAAAGCACUUUUUGUAAUGAGUUUAAUCCCCCCAAAAGAAUGCCAAUUGUUUUGUUAACUGUGUCAUCAAUUUAUCCUAGUACCUCAGUGUUCAUUCCUGUUACCUGCAUAUCUUCUUAAAAGAAAUAGCUAUUAUUGAUGCCUUUUUGUAUCCCAUUGAGUGUACACUACUGAGUAAAUGUAGGAGUUUUAUGUUUACCAUGUCAGUCUUGCAACACUAAAGAUAUUUUGAAUAUCAGUCAUGAUGGCAAUUUCUGUAUAAAAGAGCCUUAAAUGGAGCAUUGUUUUGAGAUCAAACUCCCCACCCUCACGAAAAUGGCCACGUUGCAAUAAAAAUUGUGGCAUGUUAUAGAA